CAUGGGAGUCUUGAGUCUUGAGUCACAGGAACGAGUCACAGCUGAUGAGUCAAGAGUCGCGAGUCGCGAGUCACAGGUUGAUUGUCUCGAAAACUUGAUCGAGCUUCUCAUCGAGUUCUGUAGGACCUCGAACUUUCUUUUCGAUGCAAAGCUUCCUUCGAGUCACUCACGAACAGCUAGUUCUCGGAUCUCACCACCGACACUCGAGACGGAUUGACAGCCACGUAUAAACUGCUCCUUAAGCGCUCGCCAGAGAAUACUGAGCUCUGCGCCUGCUGCACAUCCGAUCGAGUUAGCACUGCUCAGGCACAAUCUUGCUUGUCCCACCAUCCUGACCCUCGCGACUCAGCGGAGAGCCAAGGUCCAUUCAGAGCAGCGAGCUCCUCUGCCACGCAUACAUUCGCGCCAUGGCCACGGCGGAUAACUUUCCACCUCACGACGCUGCGGCACCUUUCAAAUUUCCAGAACAAGAGGAGCAGGUUCUGGCUCAUUGGAGAUCCAUCGAUGCUUUCAAGACUUCGCUGCGGCAAUCUGAAGGCAAGCCUCUGUUCACUUUCUUUGAUGGUCCACCCUUCGCCACCGGUCUGCCUCACUAUGGACACUUGCUAGCAGGUACCAUCAAGGAUAUCGUCACACGGCACGCUCAUUCCACGGGACACCAUGUGGAGCGACGAUUCGGGUGGGAUUGCCAUGGUCUGCCGGUAGAGCACGAGAUUGACAAGAAGCUUGGCAUCACAGGCAAGGAAGAUGUCAUGAAGAUGGGCAUCGACAAGUACAAUGCGGAAUGCAGAGCCAUCGUCAUGCGUUACCAAGCAGAGUGGAAGACGACAGUGGAGAGGAUGGGAAGGUGGAUCGACUUUGAUGGAGGUUACAAGACCCUGGACAAGACCUUCAUGGAAUCGGUUUGGUGGGUCUUUGGUCAGCUCUACCAAAAGGGUCUGGUUUACAGGGGAUUGAAGGUCAUGCCGUACUCCAUGGGCUGCACCACUCCUUUGUCCAACUUUGAGGCGGGCUUGGACUACCGCGAUGUUCAAGAUCCUGCCGUCACCAUCAGCUUCCCCCUUGUUGACGAUCCCACCACCGCUCUCUUGGCCUGGACAACCACACCUUGGACCUUGCCUUCGAACUUGGGCUUGUGCGUACAUCCCGAUUUUGAGUACAUCAAAAUCUACGACGAAGAGAGAAAAAUGAACUUUUGGAUCUUGGAAAAGCUCCUGACCACGCUGUACAAGGAUCCCAAGAAGGCCAAGUUCUCAAAAGUCGCUAAGGCAAAAGGUUCGGAAAUGGUGGGAUGGAAGUUCGAGCCCGUGUUUCCAUACUUCUACGAGAAGUACAAAGAAACAGCUUUCCGCGUGGUUUCGGACACUUACGUGACUGCCGAUGCCGGCACCGGUAUCGUCCAGCAAGCUCCCGCCUUUGGUGAUGACGAUUACCGCAUUGCUAUAGCCAACGGCAUUGUCACGAGGGAGGUGCCUCCACCUUGCCCGUUGGACGAGAGUGGUCGCUUUACCGCCGAGGUGCCUGACUACAAAGGCAUCAACGUCAAAGAAGCCGAUAAGCAGAUUCAAAAAGAUCUCAAAGCAUCCGGGAGGAUGAUUGUGCAGAGCACCCUCAGACACUCUUAUCCGUACUGCUGGAGAUCAAAAUCUCCCCUCAUCUACCGCGCUAUUCCCGCGUGGUUCGUCAGAGUCGAAGAGAUUCAGGACCGACUGCAAACGCACAAUGCCGGGACUCACUGGGUGCCAACGUGGGUCAAGGAGAGUCGUUUUGAUCACUGGCUCGCCAACGCGCGGGACUGGAAUGUUUCCCGUAAUCGAUACUGGGGCACGCCUAUUCCACUGUGGGCGAGCGAUGACAUGGAAGAGAUCGUUUGCGUCAAGUCGGUCGAAGAGCUGGAGAAGCUUUCUGGUCGAAGCGAUAUCCAAGAUUUGCAUAGAGAAAGCAUUGAUGGCAUCACUAUCCCCUCUCAAAAGGGCAAAGGGGUUCUGAAGCGCGUCGAAGAAGUGUUUGACUGCUGGUUCGAGUCUGGAAGCAUGCCGUACGCACAGGGUCACUACCCCUUCGAGAACAAGGACACCUUCGAGACGGGUUUCCCCGGCGACUUUAUCUGCGAAGGUCUGGACCAAACGCGAGGAUGGUUCUACACCCUGCUGAUUCUGGGCACGCAUCUAUUCGACAAGUCUCCCUGGAAGAACCUCAUUGUCACUGGUCUUGUCCUCGCAGGUGACGGCAAGAAAAUGAGCAAGAGUGCCAGGAACUAUCCCGACCCAACUCUCAUGUUCGACAAGUAUGGAGCCGACGCGGUCAGACUGUACUUGGUCAAUUCACCCGUGGUCCGUGGCGAGAACCUGAAGUUCCGAGAAGAGGGAGUCAAGGACGUUCUCGCAAUGGCUUUCCUUCCUUGGCUCAACAGCUUCAGAUUCUUCCUCGGCCAAGUUGCCCUGCUCAAAAAGUUGACUGGCAAGGACUUCAGAUACGACGUCAACGCACCCAAGAGCGAGAACGUGUUUGAUAGGUGGAUUUUAGCUAGGUGUCAGAGUCUCAUUCAAUGGGUCAGAGAUGAGAUGGAUGGGUAUCGACUCUAUACUGUCAUGCCCCGAUUGCUUAAUCUGAUCGACGAGUUGACGAAUUGGUACAUUCGUUUCAAUCGACAGAGGUUGAAGGGUGUGAAUGGAGUGGACGACACCUACGCUGCUCUCAACUCCCUCUUCGAGACGCUGUAUACUCUGUGUCGCACCAUGUCUUCCUUUACGCCUUUCUUGACAGAGACCAUCUACCAAGGCCUGCGUCCUUUCCUGCCUGCGGCCCCUGCCUCCGACAAACAAGACUAUCGCUCUGUGCACUUUUUGCCCUUCCCCGAAGUCAAUUCCCUCUACUUGGACCCCAUCAUUCAGAGGAGAUUUGCGGCGCUGCAAACCGUCAUUGAGCUGACGCGCACAGUCAGAGAACGCAACACUAUACCGCUGCGGUCGCCCUUGCAAGAAUUGGUCGUCUUCCAUGCCGAUGCCGACUUCUUGAAGGAUGCGGAAAGUCUCUCCUCUUACAUAUCGGAGGAGCUCAACGUCAGAGACUUGACAUUCACGAGCGACGAGACCGCUUGUGGGGUCAGGUACAAGCUGGUCGCAGACUGGCCAGUCCUCGGUCGCAAGUUGAGAAAGGACAUGGGCAAAGUCAAAAAGGGACUGGAAGAAGUUACAUCCGAUCAAGCAAAAGAGUACUUGGAAAAAAAGAAGCUGAACGUGGCUGGUGUGGAUCUCGUUGAAGGCGACCUCAAGGUAUUGCGCUAUGUCGAUCUGGAAGGCAGAAGCGGCAAAUGGGACCACAAUGGAGACGGAGAAGCUGUCGUCUUGCUCGACAUCGAAGCCCGCCCCGCCCUAGUCUCCGAAUUCAACGCUAGAGAACUCGUCAACCGCAUCCAACGACUCCGGAAAAAAGCUGGACUGCAGCCGACGGAUGAAAUCGACGCCUUUUACAGUUUUACCGAGGGCGUCGGAGCAGCUCUGAAAGAAGCCUUCGAGGAGCAGAAAGAAAUGUUUCAAAAGGUCAUUCGAAGAGUGCCCAUGGGUGUCGAACAGCGAGCUCCGAACGCGGAGCUCAUCACGGAGGAGGAACAAGAGAUUGGUGACGACAAAUUUACCCUGAGCUUGGUCAGAGCUUGAAAAUGUAGAUGCACAAAAUGCGAUGCGAUGAUCACCAUGUUUUGCGCGCGCGCGCGCGCUCUUGCACUGCUCCUGCACUAGGAGGCCGCGCACCAGUUCACCUUGUCGCAGAACAACUUUGCACAGGACAUGGCCAGAGAGAGUACUUAUACAAGCUGAGACUCGUGGUUCGUCAGAGCGAUCACAUUACGUUGCAAGGACGUGCUCGUCGUCUUCAGCAGUGUAGAGGUAGCCGUCCAGGACGAGGGUGUCGACUG